CUUUAUAGGUGUGACCUACCCAUGUGACUUCACCUCAGUUUUGUGAUCCGUAAAAUGGACAAAAUCGAAGCUACUUCACAGUGCUGUUGAAAGGAUUAAAUGAAACAAUGCUUGUAAAGCUCUUUGCAGGAGCACUCCGAUCUCCUCUCACAGGGAGCCUCAGAAGCAGGACCUGCCCGGCAGAUUACACCCGCUGUCACCAGGGACCACAGGCAGCAUGAAGACCCCCAUGGAGCUGGCCAUCAGUGGGAUGCAGACCCUCCACCUUCAGCACCACCGCCGGGCUGGCUACCGGGUCAAGGUCAGGCCGUCAUAUGUGGAUGAGAGUCUGUUUGGCAGCCCAGCAGGCACCCGGUCCGCCCCACAAGACUUUGACCCUCCCUGGGUGGAGAAGGCUAACAGAACCAGAGGCGUGGGCAAGGAGACAUCGAAGGUCUUGGGGGCAAAGGGGAGCUGUGAGACCACCCCCUCAAGGGACAGCACCCCGACCCCCACACCAAGGAAGAAGAACAGAUACAGACUGAUCAGCCACACCCCAUCUUACUGUGAUGAGUCGCUAUUUGGCUCCAGAUCUGAGGGCGCCAGCUUCGAGGCCCCACGGAUGAAAAAGGGGGAUGCUGCAAAACUCCGUGCUCUCUUCUGGACACCACCAGCUACCCCCAGGGGCAGCCACUCACCUCGCCCCAGGGAGGCCCCACUGCGAGCCGUUCACCCAGCUGGUCCUUCCAAGACAGAGCCCAGGGUGACGGCAGACUCCCAGAAGUUAUCCAUGGAUGGGUUACACUCUUCACACCCCCUGAGGCGGGGACUUUCCCGUUCCCUCACCCACCUGAAUCUCCCCAGCACUGGUCAUCCAGCCACCAGUGCCCCCCACACAAAUAGGCCUAAGGAUCUCAGGCCUUCCACAUCAGGGGUAACCUUCCGGAGCCCCCUGGUGACCUCCAGGGCUCGCUCAGUCAGCAUUUCAGUGCCAGCUACCCGACAAGGUGGGGCUACCCAGAAACCGAAGCCCCCUUGGAAAUGAUACUCUUUCAUCAGGGUUGCCUAUGGGACCACUGCGAGAGGUGUGACCCCUUGCCAGGGUCCUCUGGGAGGACAUUCAUCACCCAGGGAACCCUACGUAUUGAAGAAGCCCCAGUAGGGGCAGACAGACAUAGCAGGGGCAGGCACAGUGCUUCCCUUUAUCCUGACAAUCUCUACUCGCUUCUUGCCUUUUUCUCCCCUGAUGGCGGAUUUGGGGGCCGCCUUGAAGAUUUCUCACUCCAGCCCUGUCUCAGCCACACUCCAAAUUAGUGCCAACCGAGGGGCCCGGCACCUCCCACAUCAUCCAUUGUCUUGCUGCCAAGUGCAAAUAAACAGUGCAAUUGCCAACCUGGAGGUCCCCUCCCCUCCCUUCAAGCCAUGCUUCGUGCUCAGGAUUAGUUUCCAACUGAGUUUGAAAGCCUUAGAUGAGUUUUCCCAGGCUGUGUGUGAAGCCUGGGGAAUGCAAGGGCAACUGGGAGAUUUGUGAGUGAACACUUUCAUCUUAAUAUGGUUCUGUAUUUAUUUUCAUGUACUAAAUAUAUCAGCUCAUCAAA